UUCAAGAUGGCAGACAACAUGAAACUGUUAUUGAUUUCCUCGUUUUUGUGUUUUGUCGUAUAUGCAUCAAAUGGGCCAGUGCCAGUCGUUAUUUGGCAUGGCAUGGGUGACAGCUGCUGUAACCCGUUGAGUAUGGGCUCCAUCAAGAAACUGAUUGAGAAGCAGGUGACGGGCGCGUAUGUCCGCUCUCUUGAAAUUGGCUCUUCAAUUGAAGAGGAUACUCUGAAUGGGUUCUUCAUGAAUGUGAAUGACCAGAUCACCAUGGUUUGCUCUAAGCUCGCUGCUGACCCCAAGCUCCAGGAUGGAUACAAUGCUGUGGGAUUCUCACAAGGCGGACAAUUCCUGCGAGCUGUUGCCCAGCGUUGUCCAAGCCCACCCAUGCUCAACCUGAUAUCCGUAGGAGGUCAACACCAAGGAGUGUUUGGAUUUCCACAUUGCCCAGGGGGUAAUGAAACCCUUUGUGAAUAUGUGCGAAAGCUUCUAAAUAUUGGGGCUUACAUUUCUGAGAUUCAAGACAAGCUUGUGCAGGCUGAAUACUGGCACGACCCCUUGAACGAACAAGAGUAUGCGGAGAAAAGUGUGUUUCUUGCUGACAUCAACCAAGAAAGGUCGGUGAAUGCGACGUACAAGAGUAACCUGUUGAAGUUGAAGAAUCUGGUGCUGGUGAAGUUCCUGCAGGACACCAUGGUGAUCCCCAAGGAGAGCGAGUGGUUUGGAUACUAUAACCCAGGACAGGACAAGAAGCUGUACACCAUGUUUGAAAGCCCUCUUUACAUUCAUGACAAACUGGGCCUGAAGACGCUGAACGACACCGGUCGUAUAACCUUCCUCUCUUCUGAUACCGACCAUCUGCAAUUCACCGAGCAGUGGUUCAUCGACAACAUCGUGAAUAAGUUCCUCAUGUAAACAGAAAGUUACUGUGUAACAGAUGUGGCCGACUAAACACUGAACCUCACCAGUAGCUAAAAAAUAGCUUCCUAUGAUUGUAAUCUUCCCCUGAUUGUUACAUUGUAAUAACUUACAUUGUUUAUGGACUUUUAUUAUUCCUCAUAAUGGAAACCCUCUGUUACAUGAUCCGUUUAAAUUACCUUUCCACAGAAAUAUAAUCUUGCAAUAUGAAAUCGAAAUUCUUCAUCAUUUCCAAUAUAUGGUGCCAAUUUCUUCAAGACGUUGCACAUGACAGUUUAGAAAGAAUGUCAUUUCCAACAAACAUUUAUUUGAAAUAAUUUAAACUAUUGAAAUUGAUUUUUUAUUUAAUUUUAAGGACAAUCGCCAAACAAUAACAGUCAAAUACUCAUAUAUAAAAAAUAUGUAAAAACAAGCCUAAAAAACGUCAAUUUUCAAAAGCUGUAACAACGCUUUUUGUCAAAGUAGUGUUCUUAGGUCACAUUUGAAUGUGAUUGACUCCUAUUAAAAUGUGAAUAAUUCCCUUCCCGAUUUUAAAGGUACACAAUUAUUUUAUUGUUAUACAUGAUGAACUAAGGCAUGUGAUUGCAAGUUAAUUAUUUCCUAUUGUUUCUUUUUUGUAUUUUUUUCUUUUUUUAACUAUCACCUUGCUGUAUAACAAAUAAAUAUAUAUACAUGUUCAGAUAUCAGAUGGAAAGGACGAAGACAUUUAUUCUUGUUUUAUUAACCAUUCAUAUUACCAAACUAAUUAAAAACAAAUUGUAUGUAUUCAUGUAUAUAUUACAAACAAUAUAUAUUAUAUAUAAUAUUAAAAACAAAUUGUAUGUAUUUAUGUAUAUAUGCACCUGUCUUCAGAUAUAUUCCAUGACUUAAAUUUACCUGUAUUGUAUGAAGCAUUGUUUAAAAUGAACUUCCACGUGACAACCUGGAUUCCAUCUCAUUUUGAUAUUUCUAUAUAAAAAUGCUGAAGGUUUUUAAAAAGGAUCUUGAUUUGUAAGAUGUUCUCAAUUAUUUAAAGUAGCAAAACACGAAAACGUUUUAUUUUCAUGACAAUAAGUAUCUUGAUUUAAUAGUUGUUGAUUUUUUGUUCUUUAAGGACUAAGAAAAUCCAGACGAGUGUUUGCUCUCCCUUGUGUGUAAUUGUUUGAGUCUGAGAAUGAAAGCACUAGAAAUUCUAGAAUGGCUUUUCUGUGAUAUCAAUUUCGUGAUGCGUGUGGCUUUCCAAUUAAUAUUUUACUCACCUGAAUGUGGCCUUUUCGAAAUCACGACUGCAAUGUACUAUUUAUCUCUUAAUUUGAUUAAAAAAUACUAUAAACAA